AAAGAAUAUGAGUUUGCACCCAAUACCUGAGGUUCAAUGUGAGGUUGAUCAAUAAGACUUGAUUGAAAAAAUGCUGCGCAAGAUUCGCUUUCUUGAGAAGCGAUGCAAUUUCCACAAAAGGAAGAGGGAGUUCAUGAAGAUCUAAUUGCAUCAAGCGGAGACUCCAAAUAACAAAUUAUCAGAAUCGAAGGUCUCAGUGUCAUCAGCUGUCAAUUGCAAUCUUCCAACCAUGCCUGAUGAGGCUGAUUUGAUCCAAAGAUACUAAGAAGAAUUGUAAUUAAAAGAGACUUUAAUUUCGGAACUGAAAGAAACAGUUGCUACACUCGAAAACAAGGUUAAUAAUUUGUAAGCAUGCAAUGACGAGAUGUAAUAUCAAUUAUCGAAGAAGCAGCAAGAAUUUGUAAGAAGUGAUAAAGUGACUCAAUCAGGUAUAUAAAUAUAUGCUAGAUAUAAAUAGUUAUCAUCCCAAAAUCUACUAGUCAGACUGAAAAGGCAAUGGCAGUCAUUGACAAAUUCGUUUAGCCCAUUUCAUCGAGUUCAUUCAAGUCCACCGAUGGCAAACCUCAGUCGACUGAAGAGAAGAGGAAAUUGAUAAAGAAAUUAAGCAUGCAUGCUGGAGCUUCUGCCUAUAUGAUGGCCAUGAAGGGUGAUUAUUCGACAUUGCAGAAUGCUUCGGAAGAGAUCCAGAGCAACAAGAGUCUGGAACAACCAUGA